GGCAUGAACUGAAUGCCCCGUUUACCAUGACCGACGUGCAGAACAAGCUCGCCAAAAACGCAUGGCCAGCAACAUCACGACCAGCAACCAGCCACAUCACAGGCGUGUAACAGUCGCCGACUUCAACGAACUCUUCAGAGAGGAAAAUGAGCGAGCCAAUCCCGAGAUCCCUGCAACGCAAGCUCACUCAUCUUCAACGGCACAAUCAAGCCGUGGUUUGAAUAAGCCUAGCACCGACGCUACCAUCAUCGACCAACCAUUGAGAGAGGAAAUCGAGCUAGCUCCUCCUGAGCUCCCUGCCAUACUGGCUCCCCCAACAUCACUUCAACCAAGCCGUGGUGGAAAUGAACGCACCUCGACGCGUUCAUCCCAUCGUCAAACAAAACCUGCUAUGGCGCAACAGUUGGAAGCGUACGCAUUCAAUGUUAUGGCAUAUGCUAUAGCUAUCCCGGACACAAUCGGAAACAACGUGGUUAAGUUGACCGCGAAACAUCCUACAACCACGAGCUUGAAUUCUGCGAUCGACGAAGGAAUCGAGCGGCGAAGUGACCUGGAGCUCACUCCUCAAGAGAAGGAAACCGACAGCGGGGACCAGACGAAAGCACCGAGCAGUUCCUGCUCGUAGGCUUGACCUAC